UCGAAACAUUCAUCUGAAAUUUUUUGCGAGUUUGCGUCUUUGGGAGGCCGGAGCAUAUAAUAUAUUUGUUGAUUCGGUUUCAUAAUGAGCUCUCAAUCAUUGAAACGGCGAAGCAGAAUCGGCUUGACCUCCGCCGUGUUCGUGUUCUUUCUUCUCUUAAUCAUUGGACCGGAGUUUUUUAUAGGCAGACUUAUUGGUCCCAAUUUCAUGGCGGAAGCAAAUUCAGCCGUCACUGGAAACACCAAUGUUGGUCCUCAUCGCAAGCUUCUUAAGCAAGGGAAUGAAGUGGAAACAAACCGGAUAUGGGGUGACAAAUGUUCAAAAUCUGAUAUUGUGAUAAAUCAGGGACCUACAGCACCUCUACCCAGUGGGAUACCCACGUACACAGUGGAGAUAAUGAACGUCUGUGUCUCUGGCUGUGACAUCUCCGGCAUCCAUCUCAGUUGUGGUUGGUUCAGCUCUGCUCGUCUUAUUAACCCUCGCAUUUUCAAGCGCUUACAUUUUGAUGAUUGUCUCGUCAACGAUGGGAAGCCUCUUAUUAAUGGUCAUACUAUAUCCUUCCAAUAUGCCAAUACUUUCCGUUACCCACUCUCUGUUUCCUCUGUUGUCUGCUGAAGGG